UCACCUGUGAAGCAAUCUUCGCACGAGAGCUGAGGGUCUGGCCAGGGGCCGCCUAUAAAUGUUGGGCACACACAGCACCGUCACAUCCCUCUGUGUGGCUCUGGGACUUGGACAGGGUGCAGGAAUAUAGGAAGAUGGCGGACCAGAUGUCCCAGCUGGAGCGCAGCAUCGAGACUAUCAUCAACAUCUUCCACCAGUACUCUGUGCACAUGGUGCACCCAGACAUGCUUAACCAGAAGGAACUGAAACAGCUCGUCAAAAAGGAGCUGCCCAACUUCCUCAAGAAGCAGAAGAAUGACAAUGCCAUAAACAAGAUCAUGGAGGACCUGGACACAAACGGGGACAAGCAGCUGAACUUCGAGGAGUUCUCCAUCCUAGUGGGCAGGCUGACAAUGGCCUCCCAUGAGGAGAUGCACAAGAAUGCCCCUGAAGGAGAAGGCCACAGCCACGGGCCAGGCUUUGGGCAGGGUGACCAGGGCCACUGCCAUAGCCACGGUGGCCAUGGCCACGGCCACAGUCACUAGCCAGGAGGCCAGGACACCCUGCUCCUGCCCAACGAGGGCCCCAGAGAGGCCCCACUGUCUUAGCUGGGGGGUUGGGAAAUGGGGGGCAAAAUAAAGUCUUCCUCCAAGCGA